GCACAGAGGAAGCCAAAAAAAAAAAAAAAAAACCUGCUUCCUGAAAUGCCCCUCGUCGCGGACUGCGUCUGUUUACUCCACCCGCGCGGGUCCUUUUCUUUCAUCCUCCUUUUUGUUUUUGUUUGGUUGAGUCGAUGCCGACGAUGAUUAGUAAAGUGAAGAGCGCCAUGAACACGCUGGUGGGAGGGAUGAUGCCACACGGCCACCAUCACCACCACCACCACCACCACCACAACCAUCACGGAGGAAGCUCGCAGCCCGGAGGAGCCGAUGGCCUUCCGCCGCGCUUCCCCUACGGCCGCCCGGACUUCCUGGAGCUCACGCCGGAGCUCCUGCAGUAUUCCACCGAGCACGCUUCGCGGCCGGUGCUGACGCUGAAGAGAGGCAGCAGACUGCCUUGGCUCACGGGAUACGCUGAGGUGAUCAACGCGGGGAAGAGCAUGCUGAACGAGGAUCAGGCCUCCUGCGAGAAGCUGUUUGUCAGGAAGCCGAGCGGCAAACACCGCAACUCUACUCUGCUGGAGGACAACGGGGACAGCACUGGAUUACCACUAUUCUUCUGGGGGGUGUUUGAUGGUCACGCCGGCUCCGGUGCGGCCAUCAUGGCCUCCAAGCUCCUUCACCGCCUCAUCAGGGACCGUCUGGGUGAAGUGUACCACUUGCUGAAGAACAACGGCAGCCCGCCACCAAUCUGCUUGGCCAAGAACGGCAGCCCCUACCAGGCGGAGGGUAAAAAGGCGACGGCGCAGGUGGCGGAGGAGCCCGACGCCGUCAGCGACUCCGCCGUGCGCUUUCACAUGGAGAAGAUGGUCAGCCUGGAGAGCCUGGUGAUGGGCGUCAUCGAGACCGCCUUCAAGGAGAUGGAUGAGCUGAUAGAAAAUGAAAAAGCGUCUUAUGCCAUCUCCGGUGGCUGCUGUGCCUUAGCUGCCAUCCAUCUGAUGGGCAAACUCUACGUGGCCAACGCCGGAGACAGCAGGGCUAUAAUAAUCCGGAACAAUGAAGUUAUUCCCAUGACGAACGAGUUUACACCGGAGUCAGAGCGACAACGGCUACAGUAUCUGGGCUUCCUGAGGCCAGAGCUUCUGGGCAACGAGUUCACUCACAUUGAGUUCCCCCGCAGAAUCCAGCACAGCGAGCUAGGCAAGAAGAUGCUCUACCGAGACCACACCAUGACUGGAUGGGCUUACAAGACAAUCGUGGAAGAUGAUCUGAAAUUCCCCCUCAUAUAUGGAGAAGGUAAAAAGGCACGGGUCAUGGCGACAAUCGGAGUGACUCGCGGGCUGGGAGAUCACGACCUGAAGGUGUACAACUCCAACAUUUACAUCAAGCCUUUCCUCUCCUGUGUUCCUGAGGUGCAGGUUUAUGACUUUGAGGACACCAAACACGGCCCAGACGACGUCCUGGUCAUGGGUACAGACGGACUGUGGGACGUGACGACGGACAAGGAAGUGGCGGACGCUGUGUCGGCCUACUUGUCGUGCUGCGAGCCCACUGACCCCAUGAGGUACACACUGGCGGCGCAGGACUUGCUGAUGCGGUCUAGAGGAGUCCUAAAAGAGCGCGGCUGGCGUCUUCCCAACGAGAGACUGGGAUCAGGCGACGACAUCACCGUGUUCGUCAUCCCCCUGGCGGGACACGAGGCGGAGACAUGACGGAGGGACGCGGCUCGCUCGGACCUACUGGAGCACACAGGCUGGCGGGGAGAAGAUGGCAUCUUCAUCAACCUCCAGACUCGGACCCAAACCCCCUCACCUCGACCUCAAACCCCGGCACCCCAACCCCAGGACAGGGUUGUCAAGUCAGUCAGCUCGUUCCCUGGCGACGGUUGCUGGUGAGAUUGCGUAGUACUUCCUGUUGAUGUUGAAGGCUGGGCAGCUAGGACCAUGGACUGUGCAUCCUCAUGCCUAAAACUCCCUUUUGUAGAAAAACAGCCUCUCUGUAGCACUCGCGCCUAGUGGUGAAGAAUGUGAGGAAACCAAAGACAUGUCGUCAUGGCAACAGGAUGGAACGAACACAUGAUAAAAAGAAUGGAGUUGAAAUGUUAGUUCAAUGGACCUUUUUUGCAUGCCACAUAAUCAUCCGUCUGCCGGGGUGUAACGUUACGCCAUAAUCACAAUUUGGUACACGUCUCGCUUCAAGUAUUGCCACUUCACCACGUCACAGACUUUUUAAAAAAAAAUUUAAGCAUAAUCUUCAAUAGUUUUGUCCUAAAUCAGGGGUGUCAAUUUAUUGUCAUUGAGGGCCACAUUAGAGUUAUCAGAGGACCGCUUGUAACAGCAAAUACGGUAAUAUAUGAAAUUGCUUAUGCAUUUUGUUAUUAUAUAUAUUUUUUACGCACACUGUUAAAAAAAAAAAACUGUCGAUUUUACAGUAAAUAACUGGCAACUCCGUUAUUGUAAAAUAUACAGUGUUCUUUUUCACAACAUAUUACUGUAAAUGGAAAAACAGUACCUUCGGGGGGGUUUUUCAGUAAAAACAGGCAGCUUAGUUGGCAGAAUUUUACUGUAACAUUUACCGGUACGCUGUUUUUUACGACCUUUUACUGUAAAUGGAAAAAAAAAGUAACCACUUAUUUUUUUCUAUCCUUGCAACAGAGCUGCCGUUUUUUUCCGUGAAAAAACUGUGGUACGGUUACAUAAUACACCUUAAAAACAGCGACCUUAAAAAAAAAACUUUAAAAAAACUGGCAGCUCAGUCGCCAGAAUUUUAUCAUGAAAAAACAGUGGUAUUUUUUUUAAUUUACAGUAAUAUGCUGUAAAAAACACAUUAAAUUUGACCAUGUAAAAACAGUGGUAUUUCUUUUUUAGUUUACAGUAAUAUGCUGUAAAAAACACCUUAAAAUUCACAAUGAAAAAACAGUGGUAUUUUUUUUUUCAAUUUACAGUAAUAUUCUGUAAAAAAAAACACCGUAAAUUUUACCAUGUAAAAACAGUGGUAUUUUUUUUUGUUUACAGUAAUAUGCUGUAAAAAACACCUUAAAAUGUUACCAUGUAAAAACAGUGGGGUUUUUUUUGUUUUUUUUUACAGUAAUAUGCUGUAAAAAACACAGUAAAUUUUACCAUUAAAAAAUAGUGGUAUUUUUUUUCAAUUUACAGUAAUAUGCUGUAAAAAACACCGUAUAUUUUACCGUGAAAAAACAGUGGUAUUUUUUUCAAUUUACAGUUAUAUGCUGUAAAAAAACACCGUAAAUUUUACCAUGAAAAAACAGUGGUGUUUUUUUUUUCAAUUUACAGUAAUAUGCUGUAAAAAACACCUUAAAUUUGACCAUGUAAAAACAGUGGUAUUUCUUUUUUAGUUUACAGUAAUAUGCUGUAAAAAAAAACAACUUAAAGUUUUGCAUGAAAAAAUAGUGAUAUUUUUUUUAAUUUACAGUAAUAUGCUGUAAAAAACACGGUAAAAUUUACAAUGAAAAAACAGUGGUAUUUUUUUUUUCAAUUUACAGUAAUAUGCUGUAAAAAAACACCGUAAAUUUUACCAUGUAAAAACAGUGGUAUUUUUUUUGUUUACAGUAAUAUGCUGUAAAAAACACCUUAAAAUGUUACCAUGUAAAAACAGUGGUAUUGUUUUUUUAAAUUUACAGUAAUAUGCUGUAAAAAACACAGUAAAUUUUACCAUUAAAAAAUAGUGGUAUUUUUUUCAAUUUACAGUAAUAUGCUGUAAAAAACACCGUAUAUUUUACCGUGAAAAAACAGUGGUAUUUUUUUCAAUUUACAGUUAUAUGCUGUAAAAAAACACCGUAAAUUUUACCAUGAAAAAACAGUGGUGUUUUUUUUUCAAUUUACAGUAAUAUGCUGUAAAAAACACCUUAAAUUUGACCAUGUAAAAACAGUGGUAUUUCUUUUUUAGUUUACAGUAAUAUGCUGUAAAAAAAAAACAACUUAAAGUUUUGCAUGAAAAAAUAGUGGUAUUUUUUUUAAUUUACAGUAAUAUGCUGUAAAAAACACCGUAAAAUUUACAAUGAAAAAACAGUGGUAUUUUUUUUUUCAAUUUACAGUAAUAUGCUGUAAAAAACACCGUAAAUUUUACCAUGUAAAAACAGUGGUAU